AUGCCGUCAGGACAACGCAGUAAAAGUGGAUGUUGGACUUGUCGUCUGCGCCGCAAAAAGUGCCUCGAAGGAGGACCACCCUGUUCAAAUUGCGAAUCUCGAGGCAUCUUUUGCCAUGGCUACGGUCCCAAACCCAACUGGAAAGAUAGAGGAGACAUGGAAAGGGAAGAGGCGAACAGGCUUCAACUCCAAACACGAAGACGUCGAAGAUCAACGGCCACCCAAAGCCAUGCCUCUCACCCAUCCGUGUCCGAAUCGUCGACAUCUUCCGGGGGCACUAUCGACAUCGGUAGCCCUCCCAUCCCGGCCGCUGAACCACCUUCGCUGUCGCCGUUCUUGUCGUCCGACUUUUCGUUCCCGUUGUCCCCUUCUUCGGGGCAUGAACGGAACGCAGCGAUAGAGUUCGAAUUUCUCGAUGCCCUAACGAUAGCCCCCGACUCCCUUACUGCCUCUUACAACGACAAUAUCUGGGCGACUCAUGGCCACACGGAUGCAGCCCUGGUCGACAUUUCACCCUUGGAGCCCACAGCGCUACAGCGUCUUCCUGGAGUUUCGGAACACUCCAAGCAACCAUCAGAAAUGCCAACACCGCUCAGUCUCUCCUGUUUGGGCGACAGUGGCACUGGUUCGGGGAUGCAUGGUCCCCCAACUUCAGAGAAUGAUAUCGAGUUGGUCAUGCACUUCAUCGGCGAGACGUGUCCGUUACAACACGGCUCGUAUCGUUCAUCAUCAGCAACACAGAGGAGUUGGGCACUCUUCCUGCUGAUGAGGUCACCGACAUUUUAUCACACUUCCCUCAGCAUGAGCGCCUAUCACAAGUCUCUGACCCUUGCCGGACAUAGUGAUGCUCACGCUACAGCAGUCCAUGACUACCAAUCGCACAGGGCGCAAGCCUUGGACAGCUUUUGUGAUCUUAUGGACCCUAAUCGGCAACGUUCGGGGGGAGUGUUUGGCGAAAGCUUGAUAUGCUCGGUACAGCUUGCCCUGUUGGAGGCUCUAGGGAAAAACAUGCAAAGCUGUCACUCGUACCUCUCUUCGGCAGUCCAAAUCCUCCUCGACGACCUGCGCCAGGCCUCAACGUGUGAUAGCGGGACCAACACACCAUCUCUAGCUCAGUCCCAGCAACAGCAACUCCCGCUCAGUCUUCCAUUAGGCACCAGCAGCCCAAUGCCACCUGGCCCGUCUCCCAUGGAACAAACAGCUCUCUCCUUCUUUCGUGCCAUCCUGAUCUGGAAUGACAUCCUCUCGUCCUCCUCCCUCAAGAAGGUUCCUUCUGCGGCCGCCUCCUACCGGGACCUCCUCACCUCUUCUCCCUCUUUCUGUGCUUCUUUCCAGUCCACCACGGGCUGUGAAUCAUGGAUCCUUGUAGCGAUAAUGGACGCCACUGCCCUCGAGGUAUGGAAGAGAGACCAGGAGAACCAAGGCAACCUAAGUAUAAGAGAGCUGGUCAACCGCGCCUCCAGGCUGGAGAAUACAGUCGAAGAAGGAAUUAAGCGUCUGGAAGGGAGCGGUAGCAACAACGGUCUCCAAAGCUUGGUCUUUUCUUACGCCUUGCUUACUCACUUGCACUCCAUUGUGUCCGGACCACUGGCAAGCGUGCCUGAGAUAAGCGAGAGUAUUGAGCGUUCCAUUGCGGUGUGGAAGAGGAUUCCCGAGUCUAUAAGCCCAAGGAGCUUGGCUUGGCCAUAUUGCGUUUGCGCGAGUCUGGCAACAAGGGAGCAAAGGGAAGUAUUCAGAGAAUUCUUGGUCCCUGGCCGGUUGUCAAGUGUUGACUCGACGCUGGGAAGCUUGAGAGAGUUGAAAGCUGUUGUUGAAGAAUGCUGGAGGCAAGUUGAUGGGGUUAAAAGAGGAUCAGAUUUCAUGUCUGGGGAGAGUAAUGGCGGUGAAAGAGAUCGGUCGCUUUCAUCCUCGUCGGUGAAGGUCGAUUGGAGGGAAGUUAUGCAGCAGUCGAAUUUGGGGUUGUUGUUUACUUGA